GCCCUCAUGUGGGCCUCGGCCUCUCAGAUGCUCUGGAGGCGGUGUCGCUGGUGCGGCGGGUCCCGGGCCGCGGCGAGAGCGUCGAUCCGUGGGCUGCAGACAGGAGCGGCCUGUGGGUCCGCGCAGGAAAACUAUGACCUUUCUAAAUUCCCUGUGGAAAAUGUUAGGAAUUUCAGCAUCAUAGCACAUGUAGAUCAUGGAAAAAGUACACUUGCAGAUCGACUCCUAGAAAUAACAGGAGCUAUUGCCAAAACUAAACGCAAUAAACAAGUGUUAGAUAAACUGCAAGUGGAACGAGAACGAGGGAUCACUGUGAAAGCUCAGACUGCAACUCUGUUUUAUAGUCAUGCAGGAAGAACCUAUCUCUUAAAUCUCAUCGAUACACCAGGUCAUGUGGAUUUCAGCUAUGAAGUUUCACGAUCACUGUCUGCAUGUCAAGGUGUGUUGUUAAUAGUGGAUGCAAAUGAGGGUAUUCAAGCGCAGACUGUGGCAAACUUUUUUCUUGCCUUUGAGUCCCAGUUAAUGAUAAUCCCUGUGAUAAACAAGAUUGAUCUAAAGAAUGCUGACCCUGCUAGAGUUGAAAAACAGAUUGAAAUGGUCUUUGAUAUUCCUAAGGAGGAAUGCAUUAGAAUUUCUGCAAAACUAGGAACAAAUAUAGAUGAGGUUUUGAGAGCAGUUGUUGAAAGAAUUCCUCCACCAAAUGCAGGUGCUGCAGACCCACUGAGAGCUUUGGUGUUUGACUCCACCUUUGACCACUACAGGGGAGUCAUUGCCAGCAUCACACUUUUUGGCGGAAAGCUGCAAAGAGGGGAUAAAAUCAUGUCGUCAUACACACAGAAACUAUAUGAAGUUAAUGAAGUUGGAAUCCUUAGGCCUGAUGAAUAUCCAGUAGAAAAACUGUAUGCUGGUCAAGUGGGCUAUCUAAUAGCUGGAAUGAAAGAAGUGAAGGAGGCACAGAUUGGAGACACAUUUUAUUUACAGAAUCACCCUGUGGAGCCACUAGCAGGCUUUAAACCUGCUAAGCCAAUGGUCUUUGCAGGGAUGUAUCCAGUUGACCAGUCUGAGUACAGCAACCUUAGGAAAGCUGUGGAGAAGCUGACACUGAAUGACUCCAGUGUGACAGUUCACCGCGACAGCAGUCCAGCCCUGGGAGCUGGCUGGAGGUUGGGGUUUCUGGGGCUUCUCCACAUGGAAGUAUUCAAUCAACGUUUAGAACAAGAGUACAAUGCUUCUGUCAUUAUGACUGCUCCUACUGUUCCCUACAAGGCUCUUCUGUCAUCCAGCAAGUUAAUCAAGGAAUUUGGAAAUGAGACGAUUACAAUUUUAAAUCCAUGCAAUUUUCCUGAUAAAUCACACGUUUCAGAAUAUUUGGAGCCAAUGGUCACAGGUACUAUCCUGACUCCUGACGACUACAUUGGGAAAAUAAUGUCUCUGUGCCAGAGUCGAAGAGGAGUUCAAAAGAGCCUGGUUUACAUCGAUGAUCACAGAGUUAUGAUGCAGUACCUUUUUCCUCUGAAUGAAAUUGUGGUGGACUUUUAUGAUGGUCUAAAAUCGCUUUCUUCAGGGUAUGCCAGUUUUGACUAUGAGGAUGCAGGACACCAGGCAGCUGAUCUGGUGAAGAUGGAUAUUUACUUAAAUGGACAUUCUGUGGAGGAACUGACAACCAUUGUGCACAGGGAGAAGGCCUAUUCUGCUGGUAAAGCAAUAGCUGAGCGUUUGAAAGACUCAAUACCUCGACAGCUUUUUGAAAUAGCCAUCCAAGCAGCUAUUGGCAGUAAAAUUAUAGCAAGAGAAAACAUUAAAGCAAUGAGGAAAAACGUACUGGCAAAAUGUUAUGGUGGGGACAUAACCCGUAAAAUGAAGCUUCUGAAAAGACAAGCUGAAGGAAAGAAGAGGAUGAGGAAGAUUGGUAAUGUGGAAGUGCCAAAGGAUGCCUUCAUAAAGAUAUUGAAGAGGGAAAAAGACAAGUAAGACAAAACUAUGUACACUUCUGAUGAGGUGCAUAGACUGGAAGUCUCUAAAGUGCACACAUUUCUGAUAUGAGUAUUCCAAGUUAUGGUCCACAAUGCAGAUCAUGUAAUACAAUAAAUAUGAUUGCACUGAGUGGCUGAAAAUGACAAUUACUGUUGAAGAGGACACUUUCCUAAAUAUAUUUGCUUUGAAUAAUCCACUGAAAUGGAAUUGGAAUCAUGUCAGAGACAGACAGGAUGAAUCAAUAAGGAUUUCAUCAAUCUUACUUAACCAAGAGUAUCUCAUGACAUUAUGUCCAGAGAGAAUUGAAGAGAGACAACAUUGGGAUCAAGAAAGAAUCUCAAAGAUGCUCUAAUUUAAACGGACUGAGAAAAUCACUGUUAACCAGUUUGUUAUGUUCCAUAACAUCCUUAGCAAUUGUAUAUUUUAAUAUAUUUGACUGUAAAUAAAUGAGGUUUUUAUUCUAAUAA